CGCUGGUGUCGGCGCGCUCUCGUCUUUGUGUCUUGUCUUUCGCACGGACACACACAUGCUCGACCUCGUCGUCUACGGCGCCACGGGCUUCACCGGCCGGCUCGUCGCCGCCUACCUGCGCCGCAGCGCGCCAUCGGGCCUGCGCUGGGCGCUCGCCGGCCGCGACGCAGCCCGCCUCGAGGCGGUCGCCGCCGAGAUUGAGGCGCAGCCCGGCCUGGCUGCCGGCGUGGGCGCGGCGCCGGUGUCGGUGCUGGGAGGCUGCGACGCGGACGAGGCGUCGGCGGCGCGCAUCGCCGGCGAGACGCGAGCCGUCCUGUCCACCGCCGGUCCCUUCUCAAAGUACUCGGACGCGCUCGUGGGUGCGUGUGCCGCGGGCGGCGUCUCGUACGUCGACAUCAACGGCGAGAUACCGUGGGUGGCGCGCGUGAUCGAGCGCCACGACGAGGCGGCGCGGGCGUCGGGCGCGCUCAUCGUGCCCAACUGCGGCUUCGACUCGGUGCCGUCCGACCUGUGCGCGCUGCGCGCGACGCGGCUGCUCGCGGACGGGACGGGCUCGGCGUGCGUGUCGGUGCAGGGCGUGAUGCACAUGACCGGCGCCAUGUCGGGCGGCACGAUCGAGACGGGCCUCGAGAUGGAGCGGCUCUACCCGGGCGAGCUGCGGCAGCCCUUCCGGCUCGGAGGCGCCUCGCGGCUCGCGCGCGGCGGCGAGGGCCCGAGCGACGCGGACCCGAGCGAGGAGCGGUACGACGGCACGCUGCGGCGGUGGCUCGCCCCCUUCGGCAUGGCGCGCAUCAACACGCGCGUCGUGCGCCGCUCUGCGGGCGAGCUCGACGCGUACGUCAACGUCGACGCGAGCCGCUUCCGCUACCGCGAGGAGCAGCUCUCCCCGGCAGGAGGGAGGGCGGCCGCGAAGAUGGCCAAGAACGCCGCCAUCCCGCCCGAGAAGCUGCGCGCGCUCGUCGAGGCUGGCCGGCUGCCCAAGCCAGGCGGCGGCCCGUCGGCAGAGAAGCGAGCAGCCUCCGCCUUCACCGCCCUCGCCCUCGCGCGCGCCGCGGACGGGAGUGCCGCCGCGUGCGGCCUCUCCGGCGGCGACCCGGGCUACGACGAGACGGCAAAGAUGGUUGCGGAGGCGGCGCUCUGCUUGGUGGCGGAGGAGCGGGCGGAGCUGCCGGCGGCGGCGCGCGGGGGGAGCGGCGUGCUCACGCCGGCCGCGGCGCUGGGCGGCGUCCUCGAGCGGAGGCUCGGCGGGGCGGGGCUGGUGUGGGAGGACGGGUACCCGCUGGGUAGCCUGCCGGGGGCGCCGGACGAGGAGGCCGAGGCGGCGGCGGUCGAGGCGGAGGCGGUGGCCAAGGAGGCUUGGUGAGGCCUGGUGAGAGGCGGCGGCGGCGGCGCGCUCAGCUGGUACUCGU